GCGUGCCUGCACCUGAUGGCCACGUGUCUUGCAGGCCUUCCGGAGCAGUACUACAGUCUUACCUGGUUCCUGAGCCCCAUCCUCGGCCUCAUCUUCACACCCCUCAUCGGCUCUGCCAGCGACCGAUGCACCCUGAGCUGGGGCCGCCGGCGGCCCUUCAUCCUGGCCCUCUGUGUGGGCGUGCUCUUCGGCGUGGCCCUGUUCCUUAAUGGCUCUGCCAUCGGUCUGUCCCUCGGCGAUGUCCCCACCCGGCAGCCCAUUGGCAUCGUCCUCACGGUGCUGGGAGUGGUGGUCCUGGAUUUCAGUGCCGAUGCCACCGAGGGGCCCAUCCGUGCCUACCUGCUGGACGUGGUCGACAGUGAGGAGCAGGACAUGGCCCUCAACAUCCACGCCUUUUCUGCCGGCCUUGGUGGGGCCAUCGGCUACGUGCUGGGGGGCCUGGACUGGACGCAGACCUUCCUGGGCACCUGGUUCCACACGCAGAACCAAGUGCUCUUCUUCUUCGUGGCCAUCGUCUUCACCGUGUCAGUGGCCCUGCACCUGCUGAGCAUUGAGGAGGAGCAGUACAGCCCCCAGCAGGAGCGGAGCGGGGAGGUGGCCGCCACCCUGGGCCCCGCCGCCCACCGCAGCGCCUUGUUCCCCGACGAGGUGCAGUCAGAGCACGAGCUGCCCCUGGACUACCUGGACGUGGACAUGGUGCGCAGCAAGAGCGACUCGGUGCUGCACGUGCCGGACGCCACCCUGGACCUGGGGCCCGAGCUGCUCUUCCUGCACGACAUCGAGCCGUCCACCUUCCACGACGCCUCCUCCCCCAGCACCCCGCGCAGCACCAGCCAAGAGCUCGCCGAGGCCGAGCUGCCCCCCCUGCCCUCACUGCUCAGGGAACCCGCCAAGGAGGAUGAGACACUGCUCGAUAAUCACUUGAAUGAAACCAAAGUCCCGAAUGGAAGCGGCUCCCCACCAAGAGAUGGCCUCGGCAGCUGCUCCAGGGCCGACGGGAAGCCCUCGGCCACAGCCGGCACCAUGAGGCGGCGAAGGCACAUGUUCCGCCGGCAGGCCUCCAGCACCUUCUCCUACUACGGCAAGAUUGGGUCCCACUGCUACCGCUACCGGCGGGCCAACGCCGUGGUCCUCAUCAAGCCCUCGCGCAGCAUGAGUGACUUGCACGACCUACAGCAGCGCCAGCGGUGCCGGCACCGGAACCAGAGUGGGGCCACCACGUCCAGUGGGGACACGGAGAGCGAGGAGGGCGAGGGCGAGACCUCCGUGCGGCUGCUCUGGCUGUCCAUGCUCAAGAUGCCCAAGGAGCUGAUGCGGCUGUGUCUCUGCCACCUGCUCACCUGGUUCUCCGUCAUUGCCGAGGCCGUGUUCUACACUGAUUUCAUGGGCCAGGUCAUCUUUGAAGGGAACCCCAAGGCCCCCUCCAACUCGACUGCCUGGCAGGCCUACAACGCCGGCGUGAAGAUGGGCUGCUGGGGCCUGGUCAUUUAUGCAGCUACUGGUGCAAUCUGCUCAGCCCUGUUACAGAAGUACUUGGACAACUACGACCUGAGCAUCAGGGUCAUCUACGUGCUGGGGACGCUGGGCUUCUCCAUCGGCACGGCCGUAAUGGCCAUGUUCGCCAACGUCUACGUGGCCAUGGUCAUGAUCGGCACCAUGGGCAUUGUCUCCAUGAGCAUCUCCUACUGCCCCUACACCCUGCUGGGGCAGUAUCAUGACACCAAGGAGUACGUCCACCACAGCCCCGGGAACUCCAAGCGUGGCUUUGGCAUAGAUUGCGCCAUCCUCUCCUGCCAGGUCUACAUCUCCCAGAUCCUGGUGGCGUCCGCCCUGGGGGGCGUGGUUGAUGCUGUCGGGACUGUGCAUGUCAUCCCGACCGUGGCCUCCGUGGGCUCUUUCUUGGGCUUCCUCACAGCCACGUUCCUGGUGAUCUACCCAGAGGUGCCAGAAGAGACCAAGGAGGAGCAGAAAGGCCUGUCUUCCCGGGCCUCCGGGGAAGGCGGGGGCAGCAGCGAGAAGCCCACCGUCCUGAGGCUGUCCCGGAAGGAGGGCCUGCGGGGGCCAGUGGAGACAGAGUCGAUGGUCUGAGCCGCGCGCACACAUUCCAGCGGGGUGGACAGGGCAGGCUGGCCGGCCUUGCUUUGCUGGCAGCACGAACCAGAGUUCUUCCACAAAGGGAGGGGAGGCCCCAUAGUUGUAGGGUAGCUUUGAGCCACUAGGCAAAAAUACCAUGCUAAUUACUUUUUCCAUGAGUAAAACAAUCAUUUGAAUUUUUUUUAUUUGAAAAUCUUUUAAUUUCAGCUCUAUAUUUUAUUCUGCAUGUUUUUUAAAUUGCAAACCAGAUUUACAGUAUAGACAAUAAGCAAUUUAGAAAAUAAGAUUUUGCAUUUCCAAAGCUAUAAUUGAGAACAAUACCUGGUGUCCUUUGCUACAUCUCACCUGAACACUUGAGAUCCAGUGACGUUUCUGUCAGGUUUUCCCUCCGGACACCUCCAGGUGCUUGGGUGCUCAGUCAGGUCACGUCACAGCUCACUGGUGCUGCAGCUGUUGGAGACUAUUACGAUUAUUUAGGAAAAAAUUUUUAUAAACUGAAGCUUUCUUGGAAGAGUAGCAUCUGCUCCUCUCCUCCGAGUCCCCGGGCAGCGGUGGGGGCUGCCACGCACCAAAGCUGGGGGGAGGCAGGGCCCCGGUGCCUCUCCUGGGUAGGAAGGGCAAUCUGCAAGGGCCGGUCCCAGACACCCCACCCGGGGGGCACCAGUCAGGGGACGCCACUUCAGGGACUGGCGAUCUCCAUGCGUACACCACGUGUGCGUGUCUGCGUCUGGGCCCCUGGCCCCGCCAUCUUGUCUGAGGCUCCCGGAGAGGUUCUGGACUCCUCCAUUGCACUUUGAUUCGACCUAAGACCAUUUUUUGGGGAAUCGUGAGGGCAGAGCUUCGAACUGCCUCUUGAGCCCCACCGCCAGGCCUACCUCGGGCAUGUGUGGAGCAGCAGCCCACACGUGUGAACACACGCUGGAAGGCUUCUGAAUGCUGACCUCUCCGCCUGCUCAUCCUGCCUGGCACUGCAGCCAGACAGGUGCAUCAUGAGGACCGCAUCUGGGACAGGAGGGUUCAUGUGCCCGGCGACUCAGCACAGCGUUCCCGGCUCCCAGAGAAGCCGGACUUGGGCUUUGGGGAGGUGCACUCAUCAAAUGCUGCGGCUAUUGGGAAAUGCCAUUCAAACCACCACCUCUUCACAGCUGAGCAGUUUCUGCUUUUCUUAUUUGGAGCCGUCAGGCCAAGCUUACUGGUGUCAAGGAGCAGGUGGCCUGCGCGUCACCAAAUGAGGUCAGACGGUUGUGAUACUUUGCUGCCUGAAGCCAGUGUUUUCUUAAAUAAAGUACUUUAAAUGCAUGAAAAUCAUGCUGCAAUAUAGUCACUCUAAAGCAAAUAUAUAUAUAUA